AUGGCACGCCAGGCGGGGAACGACAGGAACAUCAACAGACUAAACGAGACGUCGCAUUACGCCGGGGCGGCCGACUUCGAGAGGCCUCGCCUUCUACUGCCCAGGCGAGUCAGCCAAACCUUUCCUCCAUUGGACGCCAUCGUCCCGUAUCUGGCUAAGACCGGAUUCGGCGAUACGGUGCCCCUCAAGGACUUCACAUUUGACAAUUUCCUGAUUUCGGCACUCGUGGAGCGAUGGCGUCCGGAGACGCACACGUGGUACGGCACGGAGACGUGGGCCAUGGUGGAGCAGCGGCUUAGUGUUAGGCCUCCGAUGGUGGCACAGCAGGCUGCACAGAGGAAGGAGUCGUUCACGUUGAAGCUGGUUUGGUUGCGUGAUCGUGUCUGCCAGAUGCCCCCAACCGACGAUCCCGAGACCCUCCGACAAUAUGCCCGAUGCUAUAUUAUGUUACUGAUCGGAGGGAAUCUGUUGACAGACAAGUCCAACAACCUGGUGCACGUACGGUGGCUACCGCUUCUCCGGGACUUCGCGGAGUGUAGGGGGUUAUCUUGGGGCUCUGCUGUGCUCGCCUGGACUUACCAAUCACUAUGUUUGGCGGCACAGCGGGGCGUCACGGACAUUGCCGGUUGCACUCCGCUUUUGAUGAGUUGGAUUUACCAGAGAUUUUCUCAGUGGUGUCCACCAGAUAGAGGAGUCUAUCAGUAUCCGCUAGCUGCGAGGUUGGUUGGAUUGCAGCAGCAAAGUAGGGAUCAGCAUCAGGGCAGGGUCCUGUACUGGAGGGUAUCGAUCGACCGGUUACGGUUCGAUGAGUUUGCAUGGAUGGUGUAUGAUGACCCUGCGCUGCAGGCCCUGUGCCCGCACUGGUUCCGUGAAGAGGAGGAGUGGGGUACAUGGUUGUCGGCUGUUCCGCUGGUCUGCUUCAAUAUUGUCCGGUUUCACCACGUUGAUAGGGUAAAACGACAGUUCAAUGGGGAGCAGCCAGUGUAUCUGACCACCACUGAUCGUGGUGAGGAUGUCUGGUGGCCGGAGCGACUCCAGCAGUGGUACGACGGUUGGAGGCAGAGGUUCGACCCGGGUCGCAGGAUUACCGUGCACCAUACAUUCGACACUAGGCCUACCGGCGAGUACUACGAUUGGUGGCGUGGUGCUUGCCGUGUGAGGCAUCUAUCGGGGCAGAACAUUUUGGAGGACCCCAGGCUGGUAGAGUUGCCCCCUGACGUCCAGCCCACUGCAAGCCAGCCGAGAGACGAUCUGACCCUUCCGAGGGGCGUGCCGGAUCGGAGGAGACGUGCGAGGGAGGUCAUAGAGGACACUUGCCGACCUGCUAGGAGGAAGCGAGGCCAGAGAGAGCGUCGACCAGGUGAGCCCGUCAGGAGGGAGAGGGCCAGGCCUCGACGGGCUAGGGGUGACACAGACUCGGAGGAGGAGGCGGAGUUCGACCGUCAAGAGGACCAGGGAGACGUACCAGUUUACGAUGUCGCUUCACCUACAGGACCGACUCCUCCACCUCCUCUCCCUCCCUCGGGGUGUCUCCAGAACACACUCAUCCUCAUCCCACUGUUGGACUAG